AUGGAUUUCCUACUAAGAGCAACAACUCACACUGAUCUUGUUGUUCGGGCAAAGAAAUUGGGUAUUGUUGUCAAAGUAAUACACAAUGCUUCAGUGAUGAAUGCCAUUGGAAUUUGUGGGUUGCAACUCUAUCGUUAUGGAGAGACAGUGUCAAUACCAUUCUUUACUGAAACCUGGAGACCAGACAACUUCUAUGAGAAAAUUCAAAGCAACCGGAAUCUUGGUCUACAUACUCUCUGCUUAUUAGAUAUUCGUGUGAAGGAACCCUCCCUGGAAUCUUUAUGCAGAGGGAAGAAGCAGUAUGAACCACCUAGGUACAUGACAAUAAAGAUUUCCAUUGAGCAGCUCCUGGAAGUUGUACAAGCAAAAGUAGAAUCUAUUUACAAUGAAGACACAGAGUGUGUUGGUUUUGCUAGAAUUGGAAGAUCAGAUUAG